GCAAGUAUCGUUUAAGACCUGUUGGGAUCCUCAAGAGAACCAUAGAAUAAUCAAAUUACUUUUCGAAAGUGAAAGACUCAGUUUCGCGAAUGCGGGAAGUUCAUCCGGUUAUCGUUCGGUUGUUGUGAUGGAUUUAGCUUGCAAUAGACCAUUAACCUUUUCAGGUUCCGAUUUCGGUGCAACAUUUUGGUUAUUUUUGCACAGUAAUACCGUACUGAAGAGUCGCGAAGAUCAAAAUAAAAUAUUCUUGGAAUUAUUCGAAACAUUAGAUUUAACCGUGAAUAGUGAAGUUCUUUACGUGAUUCAAGCUCAGGAUCACUAUGAGAUAAGAAAAGUUUUCAAAUAUUCCAGUCUGCAUCCAUCAGCUAAUGAAUUAUUCGGCUAUUGGAAAGAGGGACACUUCAUUCAAUUAAACCUGUCGGCUCAAGUUAAUACUAUCCGUCGUUGGAAUCUUCAUGGUGUCAAACUAAAUGCUUUGGUCAUAUGUGGUCCCGAAGAUAGCUCAGCGACAAAAGUCAGCACAGCAUUAACUGCAACGAUGGCUAUUAUGCUCAACACAACGACCAACUUUCGUUGCAUUAAAAGUUGGGAUAAUGAGUUACUUAACUUCCUUCAAACAGACAUCAACAGUCUCGGAGUAACCCCAGACUACAUGACACCGGAGCGUCUCAAAUAUGUUCGUUUUUUAACAGUUACCGGUCCAACGGACUAUAAGUUUAUUUUCCGAUCCCCCAAGCUAUCGUACACGGAUAACGUAUUUGCGUUAUCGUUCCACAAACAAGUCUGGUUAUCGAUUCUGAUGACCAUCCUACUUGCUAGUAUCUUACAAAUGAUCAUUUUUCGCUUGAAAACCCAGCAAUCGGAAUCCAAAAACAACCUAGAUGGUUUCAGUGGAGUUCUGUUGAACAUGAUCAGCAUUGUCAGUCAACUAGAUUCGCUAGACAACUCGCGAUCGGUUUCCUCCCGUACACUUAACGUCGUCAUGUUGAUCAGCUUGAUGUUCCUGUACAUUUGCUUUUCUGCCAGCAUCAUUGCGCUUAUUCAAUCGCCUUCGGAUAGGAUUCGCACCUUGGAGGAUCUGCUGCACUCAGGAAUGCAGCUGGCGGCUCAAAACAGCUCCAUUAACUUGAACUUCAUGAAGGUGAGCAUACCUUGUUUGCAUGUUCAUGUUUUAUAUUUUUAUCCGAAACCGUCGCAGAUGGAAUCUGAACUCUACAGAACGCAAAUUUACAAACGCAUUGCAUCGACCAAUGAUUUCGUGCCCUUGAAUGAAGGAGCUGAUAGAAUUCGUGCCGGAUUGUACGCCUUUCAUGGCGUAACCAGUCAGGUUUAUCAAUACAUGAGCGAAUAUUACGGCGAGGACGAGAAGUGUAACCUACAGACGAUCAACUUUCUUCGUCCCUUGGAUGGCUAUUACGCAAUCGGUAAAAAAUCGCCAUUCUUGGAGCAUGUGAAGAUUGGGUUGCUGAAGCUACAAGAGUUUGGAUACCAGGGACGUGCAAUCGCUACUAGUUAUACCCGAAAACCGCGUUGCAUUGGAGAUAGUGUAUUUGUGCCUAUUUCAAUGAUAGACGCUAAAUUCGCAAUCGAACUUGUGGCCUUCUCGAUGGUGCUAGUAUUAGCGAUCCUAGGAUGUGAGAUGUUAGAAUUUCGCUGUCAUAUACUUAAGAGAUCUCGAAUCUGGAUAGGAGAAAAAUCACUGAUAAUGAAAAAGCGGAUCAUAACGAAACAUACAUGAGCAUACAUUGUACACGU